UUUAACAUAUGUUGAGAUCAUAAUAUUGUGGACCUGUUGGAUUGAUAGAUAAAAUCAGAUUUAAGAUUGCUCAUUUAGAAAGUGGAUGUGCUGGAUAACAUGUCCAGCGUGUCUGAGGAGAGAAGGAAAAGACAGCAGAACAUUAAGGAAGGACUACAGUUCAUACAGUCAUCACUGUCAUAUCUGGGAACCCAGGAACAGUAUGCGGUAUAUUUGGAGGCUCUUGUGAGAAAUCUUUUUAAUGAAGGAAAUGAUUUUUAUCGGGAACAUGAUUGGAAUAGCUCAGUAAGCCAGUACACGGAAGCUUUAAGGAUAGCGGAUUAUGCCGAGUCUGAUAAAAUUUCAAUUCCUAAAGAAAUCAUUGAAAAACUACAUGUAAAUCGCAUGGCCUGCUAUUCUAAUAUGGGUUUUCAUGAUAAAGUUUUAGAAGACUGCAAUGUCGUCCUCAGUUUAAAUGACAAUAACUGUAAAGCUCUCUAUCGGAAGGCUAAGGCUCUGAGUGAUUUAGGAAGCUACGGAGAAGCUUACCUUACGGUGGCAAAGUGCUCCUUAGCGAUGCCGCAGGAUGAACACGUAAUAAAAUUAACUCAAGCAUUAGCUCAGCAGUUGGGACUUAGGAUAAGGAAAGCAUACGUUAGAGCCGAGCAUCCUCUGGAAUCAGUUCCUGGGGAUGGGACUACCAAGGCUGCAGACUAUUCUGUGGAAGAUAUUGAGCCAGAUUUAUUCGCUCCAAGGCAAGAAGCACUUCCAGUUAUUUCUUUACCUGUAUCCAGUUUUUCUCAUGAAGUUGGAAGUGAGCUGGCCUCAGUUCCUCCUGUGCCCUUACCUUCUAUUUUGCCACUGCAAGUGGAAGAGAGUGCUCUGCCAUCCACAGUAUUGGCCAAUGGAGGGACCAUCCCCUUCACGAUGCCAGAAGCUUUUCUGGAUGAUGGAGAUAUGGUUCUUGGAGAAGAAAUCGAUGACCUCCUUGAUUCUGCACCUGAAACUAAUGACAAUAUUAUGCCGUCAGCUCUGGUCCGCGUGCCGCUUCCCGCACCCAGCGUUGCUCCUAGCGUGCCCUUCCCGGCCUCUCUGCUCGGAACCUUGCCCAUUGGCGCGAGGUAUGCCCCUCCAGCCUCCUUGGCAGAGCUGUAUCCACCUUUGACCUCAUCGUUAGAAGAUUUUUGUUCUUCUCUAAAUUCAUUUUCAAUGAGUGAACCCAAACGAGAUCUGUCCACCUCAACUUCUAGAGAGGGAACAACGCUUAACAACAGUAAUUCUUCCCUUUCACUUAUGAACAGACCAAGUAGUUUGUUUGCUUGUGAUAGUUUCCUGGGAAUUUCAAAUCAGCCUAGAAAUGACUUUGACUUUGGCAGAUUUUUUGGAAGUGCAAUUACUAAACCACCAUCCUCAGUGACUCCAAGACAUCCCCUUGAAGGGACCCAUGAAUUAAGACCAGCUUGCCAGAUCUGUUUUGUGAAAUCAGGCCCUAAAUUAAUGGAUUUCACAUACCAUGCUAAUAUAGAUCAUAAAUGUAAGAAGGAUAUUUUAAUUGGUAGGAUAAAGAAUGUUGAAGAUAAAUCAUGGAAAAAAAUACGUCCAAGACCAACAAAAACAAAUUAUGAAGGACCUUAUUAUAUAUGUAAAGAUGUUGCUGCAGAGGAAGAAUGUAAAUAUUCAGGCCACUGCACAUUUGCUUAUUGCCAAGAAGAGAUAGAUGUCUGGACACUAGAAAGGAAAGGAGCAUUCAGUCGGGAAGCUUUCUUUGGAGGCAAUGGGAAGGUCAACCUUACUGUGUUGAAACUCCUCCAAGAGCAUGUUGGGGAAUUUAUAUUCCUUUGUGAGAGAUGUUUUGAUCAUAAACCUAGAAUGAUUAGUAAAAAAAAUAAAGAUUCUACUGCUUGUUCUCACCCAGUUACAAAGCAUGAGUUUGAAGACAAUAAGUGCCUUGUCCACAUUUUGCGAGAGACAUCAGUAAAAUAUUCAAAAAUACGUCCUUUUCAUGGUCAGUGUCAGCUAGAUUUGUGUCGACAUGAAGUUCGUUAUGGCUGCUCAAGGGAAGAUGAGUGCUUUUAUGCCCAUAGUCUUGUGGAACUGAAAGUUUGGACAAUGCAAAGUGAUACAGGUAUUUUACAUGAUGCUAUUGCUCAAGAAUCUAAACAGUACUGGCAAAAUUUGGAGGCAAAUGUACCAGGAACUCAGGUGCUUGGCAAUCUAGUAAUGCCUGGAACUCUUAAUAUGAAGAUAAAAUUUGUGUGCGCUCAGUGUCUGAGAAAUGGUCAAGUCAUUGAACCAGACCAAAACAGAAAGUAUUGUAGUGCAAAAAAAGAAAAGCAUUUGUGGACCAAAGAUCGUCGUGCGAUGAGAGUGAUGUCUCUUGAACGUAUGAAGUGGAUGAACAUCCGUCCUCUCCCCACAAAGAAACAAAUGCCUUUACAGUUUGAUCUGUGCAACCAUAUUGCCUCUGGGAAAAAAUGUCAGUAUGUUGGGAACUGUUCCUUUGCUCAUAGUCCUGAGGAACGAGAAGUGUGGACUUACAUGAAGGAUAAUGGAAUACAAGAUAUGGAACAGUUUUAUGAACUGUGGCUAAAGAGUCAAAAAAGUGAAAAAAGUGAUGAUGUACUCAGUCAAACAAACAAGGAAAAUGGAAAACAAAUUCACAUGCCAACAGAUUAUGCUGAAGUGACUGCGGAUUUUCACUGCUGGAUGUGCGGAAAGAACUGUAAUAGUGAGAAGCAGUGGCAGGGCCACAUCUCUUCAGAGAAGCACAAGGAGAAGUUCUUCCACACCGAAGACGACCAGUACUGCUGGCAACACCGCUUCCCAACAGGAUAUUUUAGUAUUUGUGAGAGGUAUAUGAAUGGAGUCUGCACGGAAGGAGGCAGCUGUAAAUUUGCACAUGGAAAUGCUGAGCUGCACGAAUGGGAAGAAAGAAGAAAUGCCCUAAAAAUGAAGCUCAGCAAAGCACGAAAAGAUCACUUAAUUGCCCCAAAUGAUAAUGACUUUGGAAAAUAUAGUUUUUUGUUUAAAGAUUUAAACUAAUAUACUGGCUUUUAUGUAACCCAAUCAGAGCAUUGAGCAUAAAAAUUGAAAGUGUUCUGAGGCACAUAGCAGAGGAGCUGCAGGCUUCCUGCUAGCAUUGGCGUAUAUCGUUCCUCCUGAGCAGCACCCAGUAGGUAGGAAAACAGGCUGGUUAGCAGGUCUGGCCAGGCGCUCCUGGAGCCAUUGGCCUCGCAUGGCGAAAGCGAUGCUGCUGGUUGCCAUCUGUUGAACAGACUUUUGGAUGAAGUGUUGGGGAAGAGAAUAAGGUUAUGCCUAGGGCAGCUCUUUGAGUUGGUCCUUCCAGUAAGAACCAUGAUGAUGAAAGAAUAAACACUUGUACUGGGGUCAGAAUACAUGAUGGAUGAAAAUCUUUACAUGAUUUAGUGGAACGAAUUUAAUAUAAUAAAAGUUUGCUACUUAUCUGUAUGUAGGUUGCUAAAAAGGAUUUUCUUAACUCAGAUUCUAAGGCAGAUAACCAUUUAACACUCGUAUAUGUUAAAUGGGGUAUUUUUCUGUAUUUGUAUGUUUCACUAUAAUAAGGGAACUGAAGAUAAUGUGCGUCGAGAAUAUUUUGAAAAAUAAUCAAUUGACUCAAAUUUUAUUUCUUGGUCUUUCGCAGUUUUAAUAAUGAUUUUGAAAGAUUAAACUUGUACUGUUGGAAAAAAAAUAAACUUGUACUGUUGGUAUCAUGUAGUGUCUGGACCAAUAUUGCCUGUAAUAAAAGAUUUUAUAUAUAGAUGCCUUUCA